ACUUGAUAAAUCUGAAGAACCUGAAGAAUCCAAAAAACCUAAAGAACCUGAAAACUUUGAAGAAUUAAAAGAAAUUAAUAAAUUAACAGUUCAAAUAAUAUCUCAAAAAAGGUUGCAUGUAAAUUUACAAAAAAGGUUCUGA